AUGUCCGACUACGAAGACAAGACGCCCAACAGGGCCACCACCAGCAGCGGCUCGUCCACCGACUACAACUCCCCCGACAACGAGAAGCAUGACCUCCCCGCCGAGCCCGAGAAGCCGCCCCGCGACAUCGACGGCUGGAAAUGGUGGCUGUCCGUCCUCUGCAUCUGGUCCUCCAUCUUCUUCUACGCCCUCGACAACACCGUCGUCGCCGACAUCCAGCCCGUCAUCAUCGAGUCCCUCGGCGAACUCGACAAACUGACCUGGCUGAGCGUCGCCUUCCUCCUCGGCGCCACCGCCACAAACCUCAUCUGGGGCAAAGUCUACGGCCACUUCAACGCGAAAUGGACAUACCUGCUAAACGUGUUCGUCUUUGAGGUCGGGUCCGCCAUCUGCGGCGCGGCCCCCAGCAUGAACGUCAUGAUCGUGGGCCGCGCCCUGUGCGGCGUCGCAGGCGCCGGCCUCUACGUCGGGGUCAUGACCCUCCUCGCCAUGACAACCACCAUGUCCGAGCGCCCGCUGUACAUCGGCGGCACCGGCCUCACCUGGGGCAUCGGGAUCGUGCUCGGCCCCGUCAUCGGCGGCGGCUUCAGCCAGUCGUCCGUCGGCUGGCGCUGGGCCUUCUACAUCAACCUGCUGAUCGGCGCCGUCUGCGCCCCGGUCUACCUCUUCCUGCUGCCCAGCAAAGACCCGCGCCCGAACACGCCGUGGAAAGACCGCACGCGCGAGCUCGACCUCGUCGGCGCAAUCCUGCAAAUGGGCGCGCUGACCUGCUUCGUCCUCGCCAUCUCCGUCGGCGGGGUCACAUACCCCUGGAACUCGGGCCAGGUGAUCGGGUGCUUCGUCGCGUCGGGCGUGCUCUUCAUCAUCCUCGGCCUGCAGCAAGUCUUCACGGUCUUCACAACGGUCGAGCGCCGCAUCAUCCCAAUCGAGUUCUUCGGCUCCCGCACCGUCCUCAUCCUCUUCUCCUCCACCGCCGCCGCCGGCGCCGCCGCCUUCGUGCCAAUCUACAUGCUCCCGCUCUUCUUCCAAUUCACGCGCGGCGACGGCCCCCUCGACGCCGGCGUGCGCCUCCUCCCUUUCAUCAUCCUCAUGGUCGUAACGAUCCUCGCAAACGGCGCCCUCCUCUCAAAACUCGGCUACUACAUGCCCUGGUACCUAGUCGGGGGACUGCUGGUGGUCGCGGGCGGGGCGCUAAUGUACACCGUCGACCUGGACACCUCGACGAGCCGGAUCUACGGGUACACGGUGCUGAUGGGGCUGGGGGUGGGGGCGUUCAUCCAGGCGUCGUUCGCGGUGGCGCAGGCAGUCGUGAAGCCCGAGGCCGUGCCGGCGGCGGUGGGGUUCAUCACGCUGGCGCAGUUCGCGGGGAUCACGAUCGUGAUGGCGGUUGCGAACGCGAUCUUCCUGAACGAGUGUUUGGCUGAGAUCCCGAAGAUCCUGCCGGAUGUGCCGCGGGAGGAGAUUGAGGCGGCGAUUCAGGGGGCGAGUGAUUUGCUGGAUACGCUGGGUGCGGAUGUGAAGGAGCGGGUGCUUGAGGCGAUUGUGUCGGGGAUCAGCAAGGCGUAUGUGCUGGAGAUUACGGCUGGGGCGCUGGUGGCUGUGACGAGUUUGCUGAUGAAGAGGGAGCGCUUGUUUGGGGUUUCGGCGGCUGUUGCUGCUGCUUAG